GAGCCUUACACACAUUUUAGUUUCCUUACCUUACAACUGCCUUUACUGGAACCUAUGCACCUGUUGUCACACCUUAGACAUACUCCUUGUCUCUUCCCACAGAUACACAGACGGUCUAGGAACACAGCGACAUCAGUAGUUACAGAAUGAUCCUCAAAGCUUUAUCACAUUACACCCUUUCUGUGGUCCCUUAAAACUUUUCAGUUAUCCUGUGAGCAAAGAGGCAUUAGUUUCUUUAAAAAAGGAGCGUUAUGAGCUGUUUUGAGAUACACAGAUUUAGAAAAGAUGGAGAUUACCAACAAGAAAAAGAAGAUACUUCUCUUUGCUACCGUCUUCCUAGCCAUCAUAACUUUCUCAGUGCUUUACAAGUUACAAUUGGGCACUCGUUUUUUGUAUUUUCCCUCUAGUAUACCAGUAACCCUUAUCUGCUAUAAUCGGAAUAACCAACCUAACACAGACGUGAGUGAAAUUGAUGCAUCUGAAAAAUGUAAGCAUGACACUGGAAUCUGGACUGUCAGACCUGAUGGGAGGUUGGGUAAUCAGAUGGGCGAAUAUGCAACUUUGUUAGCAUUGGCAAGGGCAAAUGGCCAUCAAGCCUACAUCCUCCAAGACAUGCACAAUUACCUUGCACCUAUAUUUAAGAUCACCCUACCUGUUUUGCAUAAUAAUGUGGCUCAUUCUAUUUCAUGGAAAGAAUACUGGAUACAUGAUUGGAUGUCAGAGGAGUAUAAUCAUAUUGAAGGAAAUUAUGUAAAAAUCACUGGUUAUCCUUGUUCAUGGACCUUCUUCCAUCACCUUCGUGAUGAGAUUAGACGAGAAUUUUCUAUACAUGACUACCUGAAGAACGAAGCUAAUGCCGUGUUACAAAAUAUUAAAGGUGAUCGUAAAAAUGUGACUUUUGUUGGAGUACAUGUCAGAAGGGGUGACUAUGUUAAUGUGAUGCCUAAUGUAUGGAAAGGUGUCAUUGCAGAUAAAGCUUAUUUGGAUAAAGCUAUGAACUAUUUCCGUAACAAGUAUGAGAAUCCAAUUUUUAUAGUGGCCAGCAAUGGGAUGGAUUGGUGCAAGAAAAACAUUGAUAAUUCUAAGGGAGAUGUUUUCUUCUCUGGUGAUGGAAAUGAGUCAACCCCUGGUAAAGACUUUGCUCUCUUGACUAGCUGCAACCAUACCAUUAUGACAAUUGGAACCUUUGGCUUCUGGGCAAGUUAUCUAGUAGGGGGGGAAAGCAUUUACCUCACAAAUUUUACCUUACCAGAAUCAGAAUUUCUGAAAGUUUUUCAUUAUGAUGCAGCUUUUCUGCCCGAAUGGAUCGGGAUUGCUGCAGACCUUUCACCUCUCAGACACUGAAGAUAAAACUUGAACAGCCAAUGCUGCCUCUGUCACUUAAAUAUUAAGGCUAUGAAUGAUUUGACUAUUUAUGAUACUUCUUAUUGUUUUCUAAUUAAAAAUGUUGGUGAAAACUCAAGGUUAACAAGCCAAAAAACUGUAAAACUGCUAUUUAUUUUUUAAAAUUUCAGCUUGUGAGCAGUUGUACACACUGCCCAUUAGUUAGUUUAUGAUAUGUAAAGAGAAAAAAUGCUGUUAUUUUGUAAAGUCUUAUUACCUGCUCAGGUCUGAAGAGAUAAGAUGUUUUUGAUCAUUUAGCACUCGUUAAACCCCAGAUCUCAAAGAAGCGUGAAUUGCCUUUUUAAGAAUGAAAACAUUCUGGCUCUAAUAUGUCUACCUUGUAGGGUUUUGGAGCAGAAAAUGUACAGGGACAGUACAGUCAACAUUAAACUUUCAUGAUUCAUAUAGAACAUACAAUUUUAAACAACUUUCCAAUUUGCUUCUUUUGUCAAAUAAGAUCUGUUCUCUUGGCAUGCUUUGUUAAAGAAUAAAGCUCCAGAGCAGCAAUGAAUUACUAGGAGUUAGCAAUACACAUCAGUUAAGCAAAUGACAAGGGGCAAAUCUGUACAGCAUUGAUACUCCUGAGCCUACCUAUUCUUUUGAACAAAGGAUACCAAGAGGUACAAAGCAAAUUUUAUAACAGAAGUAAAAUGAAAAAUUGUUUACAAUUGCUUUCUCUAUGUGAACCAUGAAAAGUAUAAUUGUGAGUUUACUGUUCCUUUAAUAUAAAACCAAAAACUUACAAUAUUUACUUGUUACUGAUAAUUUGGAAACCACUUGGGAGAUCAAUUAAUCUCUUGGUUUCUCAUUAGUAACCACCACGUUUUGGAAUCAAGCUGUCACUUUAUCCAUGUACAAGAUAUACUUUGUUUUCAAAACAUCUGCAAAUUACCAAACCAAAAACUAAGUUUGGAUAUUCAAACUAUAUGAUCCAAUGUUCCAUUAAUGUGAGAUUUGUAAAGAAUGUUUGUGUUACUGUAUAUAUGCGACAUACAAUGACCAACAAUUAAUUUAACUGGCAGAAUUUGUGCGAGAGCUCACUUUCUAUGCAUAUGCAAAAAGAUGUGUCACUGUACAAUACAGAAUACUUGAUCCUUAGCAGAAACCAAAAAUAUAUUUUCUGUCUCAGGGACUUAUAUGUUUACUUUUCAAUAAAUAUUUCUGCAAAAUAUGAGUCACUUUAAGAUUUGCCAUUGUUGCAAAAAACUUUUUUCUCAAGAUUGUAGCCUAUGAAAUUAAAUGAACGGGUUAUAUUAUUUUAGAUGAUAUUGCUAUUUUUAGAUCAGAUGAAGGCAUUUUGUAAGAUAUAUGACUAUUUUCACUUAAAAAGAAACUUAAAAAGUCGAUCAAUCAGCAAAUGUGCCCUUUUAAAAAUAUGUAUAUUUUUGUAAAUAUAUUUUGUUUGUUUUGUUUUUCUACUGAAAUAAAAUAUACAGAUGUGUUA